AUGAACACAACAGAAAACAAUACAUCAACAGCUCAAGUCCACUAUUUUCUCGUUCCUUCAACAAUGUCCUCUCCAAUGGAACAUCAAGAAGAAAUUAUUUCAACAACAACUGUUCAAGCAGCAACCAAUGAAGGUUUCGAUUACAGCAAAUUAAUAGACCAGUUUGGAUCCGAACCCGUGCAACAAGAUUUGAUUGAGAGAUUUGAAAAAUUAACUGGUAAGAAAGCACAUCCCUUCCUUAAACGAGGUAUCUUCUUUUCUCAUCGAGACUUACACAAAUUACUAGAUCAUUAUGAAAACGGAAAAAUGUUCUAUCUCUAUACGGGACGAGGACCUUCGAGUGACUCGAUGCAUUUGGGGCAUUUAGUUCCUUUCAUGUUUACCAAGUAUUUGCAAGAUGCAUUUCAAGUACCUCUCGUCAUUCAACUCACAGAUGAUGAAAAGCAUUUAAUGCAAGAGUUGGAUUUUCAACAAGUCCGAAAUAUGAUGAUUGAAAAUGUAAAGGAUAUCAUUGCUUGUGGAUUUGACAUGAGAAAAACCUUUAUAUUUUCUAAUUUUGAUUACAUGGGGUAUUUGUACAAGACGGUUGUACAAAUUGAAAAAUGUGUCACAACCAGCCAAGUGAAAGGAGUGUUUGGAUUCAAUGAUUCAGACAACAUUGGAAAGAUGAGUUUUCCGGCCAUUCAAGCAGCUCCUUCUUUUUACACAUCGUUUCCACACAUUUUCUCAGUCCAGCAAGAUGCCUUUCAGAAUUUAGAGUCGACAAUGAAAGAAAACAAUGGCAAGAAUAUGGACUCCAUCAUGUGCCUCAUUCCUUGUGCCAUUGAUCAAGAUCCAUAUUUUAGAUUAACAAGGGAUGUAGCUCCCAAGUUAGGUUUUCCCAAACCUGUGCUCGUUCAUGGAAAAUUCUUACCUUCGUUGCAAGGUGCCAAAACAAAAAUGGCAUCUUCAGAUAAGAAUUCGGCAAUUUUCUUGACCGACUCAAAUGCUGUCAUUGCUUCCAAGGUUGCUGGCUCAUUUAGUGGUGGUGGUGCUUCGAAAGAGCUUCAUGAAAAGUUUGGAGCAAACCUAAAAGUCGAUGUUCCAUUCAAAUUGUUGGAAUUCUUUUUAGAAGAUGAUCAACAGUUGGAGCAAGUGAGAGAAGAAUAUUCAAAGGGUAUCAUGUUGACUUCUCAAAUUAAGAAAUUAGCAUUUGAAGUGGUUAGCAAAUUGGUAAAAGAGCAUCAAGAACGAAGAGCCCGUAUCACUGAAGAAGAGUUGAAGGAGUUCAUGUCAGUUAGAAAGCUUGACUUUUAA